CGUGUUUGGGCAGCAGGCGGUGGUCUUGAUCCAAAAUCGCAUCAGGCAACUGCGGCAGCUUUUGGCAAAGCAAAUAAACACGCAAUUCGUUGGGCAAACACGUCACUACUUUACGAGUUGGCUUCGAAGGAAAUAUUAAACGCCUUGGGGCACACAAGAAGACCAGAAAUUUUAUCUGAACUAAAAAACAUAGACGUAUCUGAUCUGCUUCCCGCUACCAAAUACGCAACAGACUCGAACUGUCGCGACUCGGGGCCAUGCGAUGCUUCUUCGCCAUAUAGAACUCAAACCGGAUAUUGUAACAAUCUUGACCAACCUGACUUGGGAACUAGUUUGUCUAAUUUUAGACGAUUAAUGCCGAGUGCUUACGACGACGGCAUUUCCGCGCCUAGAAUAACCGCAGCAAGUGGAAAUCCACUACCAAACCCCGACCUAUUUCUACAACUGUCCACCCCGACGUUUCCCAUUUGAGUAACAAUUAUACGAUGUUGAUUAUGCAGUUUGCUCAGUUUUUGGACCACGAUAUUACCUUAACGCCCCUAAAUCAAGGAUUUGAGAAAUUUAUUCCAUCCUGUAGACCCUGCGACAGCAAGCAAACCGUGCAUCCUGAAUGUAACCCGUUUCAAAUACCUCCAGAUGAUGACUUUUUCCAUCAAUUCAAUAGUACCACCGGUGAACAAGCAUGCUUCCCGUCUAUGAGAACUUUACAGGGGCAAAGUACACUCGGCUCUAGGGAACAAGUCAAUCAAAAUACUCCGUAUUUGGAUGGAUCAGCGAUAUACGGCGAGAAUAACUGCGUACUUCAAAUGGUUAAAGGGGAGAAUGGAAGAUUAAACGCGUCAGAUCUCGGUGAUGGAUUUAAAGAUUAUUUACCCAGAACUACCACUAAUGUGGAAUGCAAAUCUGCAUCAGGAUUAUGUUUCUAUGGCGGAGAUGGUAGGGCUUCGGAACAGGCAGGUUUGUCGAUGAUGCACACGAUUUUCUUGAGAGAACACAAUAGAAUAAAUGAUGCCUUGCAAACGUUAAACCCAUCCUGGAGCGCAGAUAAGCGAUUUAAUGAAACUAGAAGGAUAGUUGUUGCCAUCUUACAACACAUCACUUAUAACGAAUUUUUACCGAGGAUUCUCGGAGACGGUCAGCUGGACGAUUAUGGGCUUAGACUAUUAGAUGACGGAUUCAAUGUGAAUUAUGAUCAGAAUUGCAGUGCGGACACAUAUACAGAGUUUGCAGCAGCUGCUUAUAGAAUUGGUCACUCGCUUCUACGGGCUCGAGUUCCAAUGUUAGACAAUAAUUUCACAAAUGUGGAUCCUCCACUACUAUUAAGAGAUUCGUUCUUCCAAACCGACCGACUUUCUGCUCCAAACAUCAUCGAUGACAUAGCCCGUGGCAUCAGUUCGACGCCAAUGGAAGAUCUAGAUCGAUUUGUUACGAACGAAGUUACAAAUCAUUUGUUUGAAAAUACAAGAGUAAACUUCACUGGUGUCGACUUAGUUGCUUUAAAUAUUCAGAGGGCCAGGGAUCACGGUAUUCCUCCCUACAACGACUAUCGAGCAUACUGUCUUAACUCUCGUGCUGACACCUUCGAUGAUUUAUCAGACACAACGGCUGCGGAUGCCAUAGAACAAUUACAACAAGCUUUAGAGAGCGUGGACGACAUUGAUUUCUUCCCCGGUGGAUUGACCGAAAAUCAGUUACCUGGUGGCCUGGUGGGGCCCACUUUUGGUUGCAUUAUUGGUCUGCAGUUUGCUCGCCUAAAACAAUGCGAUCGAUUUUGAUAUAUAGCCGUUAAUACAAUUAUAUUUGUAGUUUACGUCAAAUGCAAAUGUAUUUUAGGUACGAAACUCAAGAUCGUGUGGUAGGAUUUUCAGAGCAACAACUGGCUGAGAUAAGAAAAAUUACGUUUUCCAAAUUGAUAUGCGAUAAUAUCGACGGUAAUAAUGACAUACACGCCAUUGCUUUUAAUAUACCGUCAGAUUCAUCAAAUCCAAGAGUGCCGUGUGAUUCGCUUCCGGCACCGGAUCUUUCGGCAUGGCAGGAAUAGAUAUUUAUUUUACGCCAUAUUAGUUUUUAUUGAUUCUUUGAAUUAGAAAUAAAUAGUCAUUUAUAUGUAUAAUUAAUUAAUAAUCAUGCACAUACCUAUCCGAACUUCCGCUCAACAAAAUUUAUACUCUGCUUACCAACGGUUUGGUGUCGAAACGCCAACUAUAUAAUUUAAAUUAUCUUGUCCUGGGUACAUAUCUUCGUUUCGAACUUUGUUCUUUCGCGUAGUAUUAUCAGAAUUGUUGCAUCAUAAUUACGCAAAAUCAUUAUCGAAAGUAUGGUAUAAAAAUAAAACACUAUAAAUUGUGUAUUGUAAUAUAUAUCGGGUUGUCCAAGAAAAAAAAACGCAAAAUAUAUAUUAAAAUACGUAAUAUACAAAAUUAUACAGCUCUAAGAAAGAGUUUUAGUCGAAUACAUGAGUACGUAACGGAAAUCUGCAUGGCUUUAUUGAAAAUACAAAGAAAUCAAAGAAUAAUAUAAAUAAUACAAAGAACACUUAUUAUUUUAAAUUCAUUAAGUGUAUCUUUUAGGUCAAGUUACUUUUGAACUCAUAACCUGAAUUUAAAACGAAACUUUAAAAAAGGGUAUAUUUCAACUCCGCGUUAUUAAUAGUAUAUUAUGCAACAAGUGCGGUAAACGGCCUUUGACUCACGAGCUUAUUUGAUAUGCGCGGAGCGCACCGGAGCGAGUGUUUAAUAAACAAGUGACCUAAAAAAUUUACGAGAAGUGUUGCUUACUAUACUUUUUCUACCAUCGUCAGUUUUUGGAUUCAUUUUUACAGAACAACUCGAAUAUAUUCGCUGACAUGACUGUCAGAAUUGACAAACGUCACAAUUCAAGGCGUAGGAAAUAUCUCCGAAAACAUCCGAUUGCUCCCAAACCCGUGCGAAAAAAUCACGGAAAUGUCCGAAGUGGCUCAAAUCCGUGGGAAACGAAACUGAGGUGGUAAAGUGACGCUUCCCGCACGCUAGAUCGGGAGCAGAGCCCUGGUACAGAGUGUCAAGUCUGAAACCCAGCUCCGACCUGUCGUGAAAAAUGUGGGUCUCUGUUGGCCACCUGCAGCCUUGCCGAGGCCAUGAACUCCACUAGAUCUCCCUUCUACGAUUAGUCGCCGCGUUGCCUCCCAAAACUAGGAGACCAAGUCCCUGAUCUCCACCCAAGGACAGCUGCGGUCGCCUGGAAAAUACGCAGAGACGACCACUACUUCACGCCGUCGCGAGUGGGGGAUCUGACCAGAAAUGGAAUCAGAUCCCUGGAAGCCUUG